UCGCAUGCGGCUUGUGCUUGUGACGAAUGGUCUACUUCGGUUCUACAUCCUUCAGCAAUGUCUGAUUUCACAAGGUUAACUGUCAAAGAUGUGCCGCAAUCACAUCCUGGAUGUACGUCGAACAUUUGUUCACAACAGUAGCGUGUGCCCUGGCUGGCAGUUCUCUCUAUAGGCACGACAGUCAUCAGUCAUUCGUCGCGAACGCCCUCAUCGCUCCCUUGUUCACUCCUUCAUUUGCAUGUUCUCGAGGGCUUGCCCAAUUAUUUAUUAGUGCUUGGGGCGUCAUGCUCGUUUCCUUUCUUUUCAUUCUUCUCAUCUCCCUGCUGAAGCAGAACUGCGUUGCAAAAACCAUUCCCCCAAACCCCGAGGCGAACCGCAAUUACGAUACGGUGGAAAGCGAGGGGGGCUGCUAUACGACGAGGUUCUAUGGGACGACCCACGAGGGGAUUCGACAACAUCCUGCAGGAGUUAUAUCGUGUUCCUCCAUGGACUCCAUCCCAUCCCUUGCACACCUUGAUAAGUCCGUCAUAUCUUCUCAACCAUACCACCGCCAAGAUCGUGUAGCCGCACCGGCCGCCUUUCGACAGGUCCUGCAGCCACCUGAAGGCUCCUCAUCACUAACAGCGCGUACAAGAGCGGAUGUUAUGCUUGUACAGAAGCGAGCUAUGGUUACGAUGAUCACUUCCACCACGACAACCAUUUGGUGGACCUCUUCCACCACGACAGACACUUGGUGGACCACUGCUGGUACGCAUGCUGCAGGGGCAACAACAAAUCCGUUGUCGAGCGUCACCACGGCUCGGAUAACUGUGUCACCUUCUGCUGCCACUACAGUGCAUAGCAGCGGGGGUCCAGGUGCCGCUUCACUCGGUCCCCUGCCGUUGAGUCCGCGACCAUUGGCACUGUCGCCGUCUUCUUCGUCAUCGUCGUCGUCGAGUGCGACUUCAUCGCCUACCACAGUCCCUGCCACGUCUUCAUCCUUCUCUAGCAUAAAUUCAUCAUCAUCGGACAUUCUCUCGCCGAAUGUUCAAACCACAGAGCAGUCGAGCAGCCGGCUAUCCACUACGGUAUCUAGUUCUAGUGCAGUGAUUGUGCCGUCGAGUCCACGCCCUACUACGGCUGCCCCCAGAACGCCAGCGAUGGGUAACGCGAAAAGGGACAUAGCAAUCAUCGUUGGCGUCGUAUUAGGCACUGUACUCCUCGCCGUCUUUGCGGUGUAUUGGGCACGUAGGAGAGCUCGUCGCCGGAUGGCCUAUCCAGAAACAGAUGGUGACGGGACCGAUGGUGCCGGCCUAAUCACAACCUCGUCCAGUCACUGGAUUCCUGUUGUCGACCGCUACAGAUCACUCAGAAGUAGCAUGUCGAGUAGUGCCGUGGGCAUGAAGAUUGACAGUAGAGUGUCUCUUCCCGCCUCCAUCUUCUCCCCUCUUUCCUGCGACACUCCCCAGUUCUCCCAAUAUGCAGUUCCCAUGCCUCCGACGGGGGAUCUACUCCUCCCAACACCGACUAUGGGGUCGUGGACAAUACGUAGAUCCAGAGUCUCUUCAACAUCACUGGCAACUCCCGAACAACCCCUCCCAUCGCCACUGAGCCCCGCGAGCCUAACCUCCCUGCUCAAUGCUGCAAACUGGCCCGUGGUGCCACCGACAGGAUUGGCUCCAGAGUGGGCUCCUGCACCACGUCGGUCUUUCGUCAUCACAGACGGCGAGAGCACAUCGAAUCAGCAUAGCGACCACUUGCAAGAACAAACGCGUUCCUCAAGGACAUACUCCGUACAAGCGGAGGCACCGGCGAAUCCACGCAUCCACAGACAUACGGAGGACGGGGGUGUCCGCCUUGCUGGCGGACCUCCUGGCGUUGAUUCGACAUGUUACGAAGGACCUAUGUAUGACACUGUAUCCAUGGGCGAUUGGCAUAGCGAUCGUACACCCCCGCCACCCUACGCACGGUACUCAUAUGUCCGUAGGCUUGCGGAGGACAGGGACUCAACCUGCGACUAUGUAGACUAAAGAUGUACAGUUUGUGACAUGGACGUACCUUGGUCGCUUGUGCUUGACAUCGACGGAUUACAACGAACCUGGCGGACCGGAGGAUGGGCAAUCAAA